CUUUCUUUAUAGCUUGAGGACAUUUGUUGGUACAGAUAUUCUAUCUCAAUUUUCUUUGAAGAGAAGUAAUCAUGUGAAGUCUUUCACAAUCUAAGUCAAAACUGUUGCCACUUAUUGUAGAACCUAUAUUGAGUUUGUUGAAUUACCCUAAGUAUGGCAGGAAGGUUAGCAUGAGUCCAUCUUAUGAGAAUACAGGAUUGCAUUUGAAAUCUUCCUGUAAAGUUUGUCCUUUUGUUUUUUGUAAAUAAUUAAGUUGCUAAUCAGAUAUAGUAUCGGGGAAGAUUCUGUCUUGCCAUCAAAAAGCAAGUGAAAUCCCAAAUCGUCGGCUCAUUUCCUACUCUUACUUGAUAGGUAAUAAUUACUUUAAAUCAUGGUUAAAAUUUUGCUCAAAAACUACUGAGAACUUCAAAUGAUAUUUUCAAAAA